GGGAGCGGCGUAGGCGCGGGGCCCACAAGCCGGCGCGAAUCCGGACAUGGAACCGCCAGGCGGGAACCUGGGGCCCGGCCGCGGGACCCGGGACAAGAAGAAGGGCCGGAGCCCGGACGAGCUGCCUCCAGCGGGCGGCGAUGGCAGCAAAUCCAAGAAAUUUACUUUGAAGCGGCUAAUGGCAGAUGAGCUGGAACGAUUUACCAGCAUGAGAAUUAAAAAGGAAAAGGAAAAGGCCAAUUCUUCUCAUAGAAAUUCUUCUGCAACUUAUGGGGAUGAUCCUACAGCACAGUCAUUGCAAGAUAUUACUGAUGAUCAAGUGCUAGUUCUCUUUGAACAGAUGCUGGUGGAUAUGAAUCUGAAUGAGGAGAAACAGCAACCUUUGAGAGAGAAGGACAUUAUCAUCAAGAGGGAGAUGGUGUCCCAGUACUUGCACACCUCUAAGGCUGGCAUGAGCCAGAAGGAGAGCUCUAGGUCUGCCAUGAUGUACAUUCAGGAGUUGAGGUCAGGCUUGAGGGAUAUGCCUCUGCUCAACUGUCUAGAGUCCCUUCGUGUCUCUCUCAACAACAACCCUGUCAGUUGGGUGCAAACCUUUGGUGCUGAGGGCUUGGCCUCCCUGUUGGACAUCCUUAAACGACUUCAUGAUGAGAAAGAGGAAACUGCCGGAAGCUAUGAUAGCCGUAACAAACAUGAGAUCAUUCGCUGCUUGAAAGCAUUUAUGAACAACAAGUUUGGAAUUAAGACAAUGUUGGAGACAGAAGAAGGAAUCCUGCUGCUGGUCAGAGCCAUGGACCCUGCUGUGCCCAACAUGAUGAUUGAUGCAGUUAAGCUGCUGUCUGCUCUUUGUAUCCUCCCACAGCCAGAGGACAUGAAUGAAAGGGUUUUGGAGGCAAUGACAGAAAGAGCUGAAAUGGAAGAAGUAGAACGUUUUCAGUCACUGCUAGAUGGAUUAAAAAGUGGGACUUCCAUUGCACUCAAGGUGGGAUGUCUACAACUGAUCAAUGCUCUCAUCACACCAGCUGAAGAACUUGACUUUCGAGUUCACAUCCGAAGUGAACUGAUGCGCUUGGGAUUGCAUCAGGCAUUGCAGGAUCUUCGAGAGAUUGAAAAUGAUGAUAUGAGAGUACAGCUGACUGUAUUUGAUGAACAAGGAGAAGAAGAUUCCUAUGAUCUGAAGGGACGGUUAGAUGACAUUCGCAUGGAGAUGGAUGACUUCAGUGACGUAUUCCAGAUUCUCUUAAACACAGUGAAGGAUUCAAAGGCAGAGCCACUUUUUCUGUCUAUACUGCAGCACCUGCUCUUGGUCAGGAAUGACUAUGAAGCCAGACCACAGUACUAUAAGUUGAUUGAAGAAUGUAUUUCCCAGAUAGUUCUGCACAAGAAUGGGGCUGAUCCUGACUUCAAGUGUCGGCACCUCCAGAUUGAUAUUGAAGGCUUGAUUGACCAAAUGAUUGAUAAAACAAAGGUGGAGAAAUCUGAAGCCAAAGCUACAGAGCUUGAAAAAAAGCUGGACUCAGAGUUAACAGCCCGACAUGAGCUCCAGGUGGAAAUGAAAAAGAUGGAAAGUGACUUUGAGCAGAAACUCCAGGACCUUCAAGGAGAGAAAGAAGCAUUGGAUACUGAAAAACAGCACAUUGCCACAGAGAAGCAGAGCCUGGAAGCAGAAGUGGCUCAGCUUACAGGAAAGAUUACCAAGCUGUCAAAGGAACUGGAAGAUGCCAAGAAAGAAAUGGCUUCUCUCUCUGCUGCAGCUGUGUCCAGCACUGCUAAUAUUCCCUCUGCCCCUCCUUUACCUGGUACCUCUGGCACUGUUUCCUCCCCUGCACCUCUUUCUCCUCCUGAAGGUAGUGCCAUUUCUUCUCGAUCAACUCCUCCCCCACCCCCUCCUUUACCUGGAGAUAGUGUUAUUCCCCCACCCCCUCCUUUACCUGGAGCUGGUAUUAUUCCCCCACCACCUCCAUUACCUGGAGCUGGUGUUAUUCCUCCACCUCCUCCUUUACCUGGAGCUGCUGUCAUUCCCCCACCUCCCCCACUGCCUGGGGGUGCUAGCAUGGUCCCACCCCCUCCACCUUUACCUGGAACAUCAGGGAUGCCUCCUCCUCCUCCUCCUCCUCUUCCUUUUGGUUCUGGAAUACCUCCACCUCCUCCUUUUCCUGGGGGUCCUGGCAUUCCCCCACCUCCACCUGGAAUGGGUAUGCCUCCACCUCCUCCCUUUGGAUUUGGAGUUCCUGCUGCCCCAGUUCUGCCAUUUGGAUUAACCCCAAAGAAACUUUAUAAGCCAGAAGUGCAGCUCCGAAGGCCAAACUGGUCCAAGUUUGUGGCAGAGGACCUCUCCAAGGAAUGCUUCUGGACCAAGGUGAAGGAAGAUCGUUUUGAGAACAAUGAACUCUUUGCCAAACUCACCCUUACCUUCUCUGCCCAGACCAAGACUUCCAAAGCCAAGAAAGAUCAAGAAGGUGGAGAAGAAAAGAAAUCUGUGCAAAAGAAAAAAGUGAAAGAAUUAAAAGUAUUGGAUUCAAAGACAGCCCAGAAUCUCUCAAUCUUUUUGGGUUCUUUCCGAAUGCCCUAUCAAGAGAUUAAGGCUGUCAUCCUGGAGGUGAAUGAGGCUGUCCUGACAGAGUCUAUGAUCCAGAACCUCAUUAAGCAGAUGCCAGAGCCAGAGCAGUUAAAAAUGCUUUCUGAACUGAAGGAUGAAUAUGAUGACCUGGCUGAGUCCGAGCAGUUUGGUGUGGUGAUGGGCACUGUGCCCCGGCUGCGGCCUCGCUUGAAUGCCAUCCUCUUCAAGCUACAAUUCAGUGAGCAAGUAGAGAACAUCAAGCCAGAGAUUGUUUCUGUGACUGCUGCAUGUGAGGAGUUACGAAAAAGUGAGAGCUUCUCUAACCUCCUGGAGAUUACCUUGCUUGUUGGAAACUACAUGAAUGCUGGCUCCAGGAAUGCUGGUGCCUUUGGCUUCAGUAUCAGCUUCCUCUGUAAGCUUCGAGACACCAAGUCUGCAGAUCAGAAGAUGACACUGUUGCACUUCUUGGCUGAGUUGUGUGAGAAUGACUAUCCUGAUGUCCUCAAGUUUCCAGAUGAACUUGCCCAUGUGGAGAAGGCUAGCCGAGUUUCCGCUGAGAACUUGCAAAAGAAUCUAGAUCAGAUGAAGAAACAAAUUUCUGAUGUGGAGCGUGAUGUUCAGAAUUUCCCAGCUGCCACAGAUGAGAAAGACAAGUUUGUUGAAAAAAUGACCAGCUUCGUGAAAGAUGCACAGGAACAGUAUAACAAGCUUCGAAUGAUGCACUCUAACAUGGAGACCCUCUAUAAAGAGCUGGGAGAGUACUUCCUCUUUGACCCCAAGAAGGUGUCUGUGGAAGAAUUCUUCAUGGACCUGCACAACUUUAGGAAUAUGUUUUUGCAAGCAGUCAAGGAGAACCAGAAGCGGCGGGAGACGGAGGAGAAGAUGCGGCGAGCAAAAUUAGCCAAGGAGAAAGCAGAGAAGGAACGGUUGGAGAAGCAGCAGAAAAGAGAGCAACUCAUAGACAUGAAUGCAGAGGGUGAUGAGACAGGUGUGAUGGACAGUCUUCUGGAGGCGCUGCAGUCAGGUGCUGCCUUCCGUCGGAAGAGAGGACCUCGUCAAGGCAACAAGAACGUCGGAAAUGCAGUCACAUCUGUGCUAGCUGCGGUGCUGACUAAGGAAGAUGAUGUUCCUCCCAAGAUACAUAAGAAGAGUGAGGGAGUCUCCACAAUCCUAGAGGAAACCAAGGAGUUGGUUGGCCGUGCGAGCUAAGCCGGGUCCUGUGGCCACAGCAGCUCCGCAGCAGAGGCCCACACUGUCCUGCCUCGCAGCGCGUGCCUGAAGGGUCAAAGGAACGUUGCUCUGGGGUGGCCACUCUCACCACCCUGACCCUGUCUUUCUCUCUGGCCUGCUGCUCCCCAUACAUCACACACAGCUUCAGCUGCCCGUAGGCCAGGAGGAGAGGCUACUGCGGGGGCUUGAGACCAGUCCAGCCAACCCUGGCUGUUGUAUUACCAAAGCAGGGUCCAUGUUUUGCUGCCUUAACCCUGACUAUUUCUGUUACUCUGAGGCCUUACCUCAGACAAGGCCAAGGCUGCUUCCCUAGCUCCUGACAGUGGGCUUUCCCUAGGUCAGUCUUCUGGAUUUGUGCUCUUCUUUUGUGGUUUCUCUGACCCUAAGAACAGCAUGGGGCUUGCAAACCUCUGGGCUGUAUCCCCCCCCUUCAAUGCUGUCACCGCUGCUCGCUCUCUCCCCUCUCCUGGCAGUUAUUUAUUACAGUGGCGUGGCAUUGGGAGCUGCUUCUAAGGAAGGGAGGAACAGAUCUCACCCUUACCUUGCCUUCCUAGGAAAGACUUCCCCAAACAAAAAGAAUUUGGAUCAUUUUUCCUGUUCGGUUGUGGCCCAGGACGUAGCCUGUGGCAGGCUGGCAGGGCCUAGAGACAGUGUGGGGCCUGCCCCCCCGCCUGCUACCAUGCUUUGCUUUAUGCCCUUGCCUUUCUGGACCUCUGCACCAGCCUGCAGGCUGCUGAGCCAAGACCUCUCCUAACCUCCUCCUCAGCACUUCGGGGUGUCUCAUCUGGAAUAUGGGCCACAUUGUGACCAUCCCAACACCUCACCCUUUUGUGUCUCCAAGGAAAUGGGAGGUGGAGCCUCCUGGCUGAGAAAUCGUUUUGCAAAUGGAUCUAUUUUUAUAUGA